AUGUCGGGCCAAACGCUCACGGAUCGGAUCGCCGCCGCUCAGUACAGCGUGACAGGCUCCGCUGUUGCGAGAGCGGUCUGCAAAGCCACCACUCAUGAAGUGAUGGGCCCCAAGAAAAAGCACCUGGACUAUUUGAUCCAGGCUACCAAUGAGACCAAUGUUAAUAUUCCUCAGAUGGCUGACACACUCUUUGAGCGGGCAACAAACAGUAGCUGGGUGGUUGUAUUUAAAGCUUUAGUCACAACACAUCAUCUCAUGGUGCAUGGAAAUGAGAGAUUUAUUCAGUACUUGGCUUCUAGAAAUACAUUGUUCAAUCUCAGCAAUUUUUUGGAUAAAAGUGGAUCCCAUGGUUAUGAUAUGUCUACCUUCAUAAGGCGCUAUAGUAGAUAUUUGAAUGAAAAGGCUUUCUCUUACAGACAGAUGGCAUUUGAUUUUGCCAGAGUGAAGAAAGGGGCGGAUGGUGUAAUGAGGACAAUGGCUCCUGAAAAGCUCCUGAAGAGUAUGCCAAUACUGCAGGGACAAAUUGAUGCACUGCUUGAAUUUGAUGUGCAUCCAAAUGAGCUAACAAAUGGUGUCAUAAAUGCUGCAUUUAUGCUUCUUUUCAAAGAUCUUAUCAAACUUUUUGCUUGCUACAAUGAUGGCGUUAUUAACUUACUUGAAAAGUUUUUUGAAAUGAAGAAAGGACAAUGUAAAGAUGCCCUAGAAAUUUACAAACGAUUUCUAACUAGAAUGACAAGAGUAUCUGAAUUUCUCAAAGUUGCAGAGCAAGUUGGCAUUGAUAAAGGUGACAUUCCUGACCUCACACAGGCUCCCAGCAGUCUUAUGGAGACCCUUGAACAGCAUCUAAACACAUUAGAAGGAAAGAAACCCGGAAACAAAUCUGGUGCUCCCUCUCCAUUAAGUAAGUCUUCUCCAGCCACAACUGUUACGUCUCCUAAUUCUACACCAGCUAAAACUAUCGACACAUCCCCACCGGUUGAUUUAUUUGCAACUGCGUCUGCGGCUGUCCCUGUCAGCGCUUCUAAACCAUCUAGUGAUCUCCUGGACCUCCAGCCAGACUUUCCUUCUGGAGGGGCGGCAGCAGCCGCAGCACCAGCACCACCACCACCUUCUGGAGGAGCCACUGCAUGGGGAGAUUUGUUUGAGUCUCCUCCUGAAGUUGCUGCGGCGCCUAAGCCAGAUGCUGCUCCUAGCAUAGACCUGUUUGGUACAGAUGCUUUCUCCUCUCCACCACAAGGGGCCUCUCCUGUGCCUGAGAGUUCUCUCACUGCUGACCUCUUAUCCGUGGAUGCAUUUGCAGCACCAUCUCCUGCAACCACUGCCUCUCCAGCAAAGGUGGAUUCUUCAGGUGUGAUAGACCUUUUUGGGGAUGCAUUUGGAAGUAGUGCUUCUGAACCCCAACCUGCACCUCAGGCUGCUUCUAGUUCAUCAGCAUCGGCAGACCUACUAGCUGGAUUUGGGGGUUCUUUUAUGGCCCCUUCUCCAUCACCAGUGACUCCAGCUCAGAAUAACCUGCUACAGCCCAAUUUUGAGGCAGCUUUUGGAACAACGCCUUCAACUUCUAGCAGCAGCUCCUUUGAUCCAUCAGUGUUUGAUGGUUUAGGCGAUCUACUGAUGCCAACCAUGGCACCAGCCGGGCAGCCUGCACCCAUUUCAAUGGUUCCACCUAGUCCAGCAAUGGCAGCAAGCAAAGCCCUUGGGAGUGACCUUGACUCAUCUCUUGCCAGCUUAGUAGGCAAUCUUGGAAUUUCUGGUACCACAUCCAAAAAGGGAGAUCUUCAGUGGAAUGCAGGAGAGAAAAAGUUGACUGGUGGAGCCAACUGGCAGCCGAAAGUAGCCCCCGCAACCUGGUCAGCAAGUGUCCCACCAAGUGCACCUUUGCAAGGAGCUGUACCUCCAACCAGUUCGGUUCCUCCUGUUGCCGGGGCCCCAUCUGUUGGACAGCCUGGAGCAGGAUUUGGAAUGCCUCCUGCUGGGACGGGCAUGCCCAUGAUGCCUCAGCAGCCGGUCAUGUUUGCACAACCCAUGAUGAGGCCACCCUUUGGAGCUGCAGCUGUACCUGGCACACAGCUUUCUCCAAGCCCUACACCUGCCACUCAGAGUCCCAAGAAACCUCCAGCAAAGGACCCAUUAGCGGAUCUUAACAUCAAGGAUUUCUUGUAAACAAUUUAAGCUGCAAUUUUUGUGACUGAAUAGGAAAAAAAUAAUGAGUUUGGAGACUUCAAAUAAAAUUGAUGCUCAGAGUUUCAAAGUGAGCCACCAGUACCAAACCCAAUGCUUACUCGUAACUUCUCUUCCAAAACGUGUAGCACAGCUGUGAAAGUGAACAUUAGGAAUGUGUACUACCUUAGCUGUUAUCCCUACUCUCAAAAUUGUAGUGUAUUUGGGUUAUUUGUGUGUUGUACGAUGUAAAAACAAUGAAUGGAUGUUUCUGAUGCCUUUAGUGCUUUUCUGGACCUCGCCCAUGGACGGAUGAUGCAGCUGUUGUGUGGUGAGCCAUUUGGAAAGAUGUGUCUGUGUUUUUGAGGGUUUUGAUGUAUAUAUGACUUUUGGACAAACCUAAACUCUUCCCAUAAAUUCUCUUUUUCUCUGUAUCUCUGUUACAAACAUAGUGUGAUAAUAUCAAAUAGUAAGGAAAACACUCUUAAAUAUACAAAACUUUUUCGGUGUGGAGUACAUUUUUCCAAUCACAGGAACUUCAACUGUUGUGAGAAAUGUUUAUUUUUGUGGCACUGUAUAUGUUAAGAAAUUUUGUUUUAAAAAAAAAUAUAAGGGUUAACGUCCAUAAUAAAUAUUUCUCCUUGAAGCUACCUUAUCAAGAAUGAAAAAAUCAUAUGGAAAGAAUUCCAUAUUUAAUCACUGCUACAUUAAAAUGUAUAUUUUGAUUAUAUUUGACAGGUUUUGCAUCUAAAUUGACCUAUUUAUUCAUUCUUGAUUAAAUGCACUGAAAAGUAAAGGGUCCAUUUCUAUCCUGUCCGUGAAAAUGCAAUUAGAAAUGUACUAUUCAAAUGAUUAUGAAGGCACCCCAAAGUAUAUGUGUAAUUUAAAGAUUACUGCAAAUAUUUUUAUUUUAUUGUGGGUUUUCUGUACAUCUGUUAAUUUACUAUUUCUUUGUGUGUUCUGUAGACUAGUGUUCUUUCAUCCUUCAAUUGAGCUCAGAGUAGGUUUUGUUGUACCAUUGUGAUUAGGAUUUAAACUAAUUCAGAGAAUUGUAUCCUUUACUGUACAUACUGUAUUCUUUAAUUUUUAAUUUGUUGUCAUACUGUAUGUGCUGAUGGCUUGGCUUAAGAUUUUGACGCAUAAAUGAGGUCACUGUUGAUCAGUGUUGCUAGUGGCUUGGCAGCUCUUCGUAAAAGCAUAUUGGGUUGGAAAGGUGUUUGCCUAUUUUUCAAAUUAUUUAAUAGAUGUAUGGUACCAUUUAAAAGUGGUUGUAUCUGAAUUUACUGUGGGGAUAACAUACACUGUAAUGGGGAAAAAAUUACCUAAAACCAAUUUCAAAAUGGCAUUUCUUUCUAUUUCAGUUUAAAAACCCAGUGCAUGUACGCCCUCUGAGAUGCAAUAAACACCUUGAACAAAGAAAAUGCAAA